UUCACUUCACUUAGAAUGAAUUGGUUCAACGAUUUCGGCCCGUCGCACAUGUUGAUCGGGCGUCGCGGCGCCGACGCGAGUCCCGGAGCCCGCUUCCGACGGCUCCGGGAACAGUCAAAGAUACGUCGCCAACCUGUUGGUCCGAUCGUAGACGUUCCUUUGUCGGCUCAUGUUCUUCAAUAGAGCUAAUACGCUCGUCGGGUUGAAUCGUCUUCUAGUUGCAGCUCAUUUUUAAACGGAAAGACUGGCGUCUAGACCGCAGAGAGGAUUGAUGAAGGGUAGACAUCAAUUCCGCAGGCGAUUCAGCUUGCAGCCGUCCUUUCUCAAAGAAGAACCAGAAGAAGAGAAACACAUCCCAGCAAGAGUUCUCAGGUCACAGAAGAGCCACGAUGUGGAAUCUCUGGAGAAAGACGACACUGUCGGUGUCGUGCCUGUCAACAACGUCCGACACAAGAUAGUAGUGAUGGGUUCCGCUAAAGUCGGAAAAUCCUCCAUAAUAUCGCAGUUCCUCUACGGAUCCUUCUCCGCCAAGUACAAGCGCACAAUAGAAGAGAUGCAUCAUGGAGAUUUCAAUGUUUCUGGGGUCCAUUUAACUCUGGAUAUUUUGGACACAUCCGGAUCGUACGAAUUUCCAGCCAUGCGAGCCUUAUCGAUAUCAUCGGCAGACGCUUUUAUUCUAGUUUAUGACGUCACCGACUCCAACACCUUCGAGGAAGCCAGAUCGCUUCGAGACCAAAUCCACGAAACCAAAUGUUCGACAUACGUUCCAAUCGUGGUUGUCGGAAACAAGACGGAUUUGACAGGGGAUAGGGAGGUCGACACAGCAACAACCGAAUCAGUAGUAACCGUCGACUGGGAGAACGGCUUCGUCGAGACCUCCGCCAAGGACAACGUGAACAUCAGCAAGGUUUUCAAAGAGCUGCUGGUGCAGGCGAAAGUCAAGUACAACCUGAGUCCGGCCCUCCGUCGGCGUCGUCGCCAGUCGCUGCCGGCGCACUCGGGGCCUCCGCAGACGCCCACCCACGCCGCCAUGAUUCCUUCCGCCGUCCAGCUGCAGCAUCUCCAGCAAAUCAGAGAUCGCCAUGGCAAAAGAAACUCUUGUAUUAUCUCCUAAGUAUACUUUUCUAAAUGCUAUUUUAUAUUCUUAGGUGCUGACGAACGGUGUGGGCGGUCCAAAUGAUUUAUUUUACCUCUUCAGUGUUUCAACGAUUUCUUUUUCUUUCGACUGAAUGCAGGUGGUGAAUGUCGACGUUCUGUUUCUUAGUCUGGGCUAUGGGAAGAGUGAGUGGUAGAUACUUUCUUUCUGGGUAUUAAGGAAAGGCGUUACUUGAGCUCGUUGUCACUUUUGAUUUGAAGCUUUAUAACUUCUGUUUGCUAUAAUUUUUUUGGCUCUACUCAAACUGAACAUUUUAUCUUCUUGUUUGUUUUUUUAUGCAGUUAGAACGGCUUAGUGCAGGUACUACAGGUAAAUUUUUCUGUAUUUGGGUUACAACAAGUGGCUCUUUAAUUGAAAUCAAUAUGGGAAUGAUC